UGUGUCUGGGGAAGCAGCAAGCAUGGCGUCGGCAGUGCUUGCCCUGAGGACGAGGGCAGAAGCCCUUUUCAGCCCCAAGACAGCUGCAGCUCUUGCAGUCAGAUAUGCAUCCAAGAAGACAGGUGGCAGCUCCAAGAACUUGGGCGGGAAAUCGCGAGGCAAACACUGUGGCAUCAAGAAAAUAGAAGGUCACUAUGUUCAUGCUGGGAACAUCCUUGGCACUCAGCGGCAGUUUCGAUGGCACCCAGGCGCCCAUGUGGGACUCGGAAGGAACAAGUGCCUCUAUGCCCUGGAGGAGGGGAUAGUCUGCUACACCAAAGACGUCUACGUGCCCAAUCCCAACAACUCGGAAGCUGUGGAUCUGGUCACCAGUCUGCCCAAGGGGGCUGUGCUCUACAAGACUUUUUUCCACGUGGUUCCUGCCAAACCUGAGGGGACCUUCAAACUGGUAGCCAUGCUUUGAAGUCCCUUUGAGACCACUGGAU